AUACAUCAUAAUAUGGGCAUCGGUAAGUUUUCCAUAUUACAAUUUCCUGUCCUAGAGAGAUUCUACCUCGUAUCACAUUCUUGGAGUUUCCGGGGCUUCAGCACGCCGGAAAAGUGAAUUAGAACAGAUAAUGAGGUGAUACGACGUCUAAGAAGGACCAAAAUCUCACGUCACAUGAACAGAUGCAUGCCCGAGCAUCAGAAUAACGAGGCAUCGCACGUGCACCUUCUUUGUCCCGUGCGGUCCAUGGAUCGAUCGAUCACGGUAAAGAGAACUCGUAUGUUAUCUGCUUGGGAGUCAAAAAUCAUCUGUAAAAUGAGAAAAUAACCGUUGAAAACAAAAAGGCUCCACGUGGCCCCUAAGAAUCGGACUAUGGCCUCCCAUGAACAAACAGAACACUCCCACUUAAUUCGGAUAUACAUAAGUUUCCUCCUUCUUCUGCUUCUUCAUUUCCUCUUUUACUGAGUCUUUCUUCUUCACUCUCCCUGCAAUCCAUCCUGAAACCCGGAAAAAACCCGAAAAGGAUCGGAAUCCAUAACCACCUGAUCAGCUUCCAUUCCAUCCUAGUCCUGAACGGUUGGUCGAAAUAUCAUUCUGGUGGAGGAUACCUGCAUUGAUGACGCUGAAAGGGGGGACGAGCCAGGCGUGUGCAGCUUGCAAGUACCAGAGGAGGAAGUGCACGCCGGAGUGCCAGCUCGCGCCGUACUUCCCUGCGGACAAACCCGAGGUGUUCAAGAAUGCGCACAAGCUGUUCGGGGUGAAGAACAUCCUCAACAUCCUAAAGACGCUCCAGGACCCGGCCCAGAAGGUCGAGGCCAUGACCUCAAUAAUCUGCCAGGCCAACAUCCGCGAGAUGUUCCCGGUCCAUGGUUGCUGCCAGGUCAUCGACCUAUACUGCUCCCAGAUCCGCCUCCUUGAGGAGGAGCUCCACGCCACCUACUCCCAGCUUGAAUUCUACCGCUCGCAACAACAUAACCAGGCUCCGACAUCAGUUCCGUCUCAGCUAGAGCUCGGGAUGGCCCCACCAAACAAUGCUAACGCUCUUCAGCUAUACCAGCCUACUGCAUCUACUCAACCGCCUUACAAUAACGCUCUUCCAUUGGCUGCUCUGCCUCCCCAAUCCUAUUCGAACGGCACCAUUAUUCCCACCAACAACGACAGCUCGCCUUCUUCUUACCUCGACUCCAAGGAAGGUACCCCGAACCCUUCGCUCUGGAUCCAAAGUUCCUACACAAACACGAACAGCGGCAAUAACAACAGCCGUAGCUGCCCCACCAUUCAGCCUCAGCUAGUUGGCCCGAUUGCUGCCUCUCAGACAUCGUUAGCUGUGCAAGGAAUCAUUCAGGAUUACGAGGACAUGCACCCCUUCUUCGAGUCCAUCGACGACAGGCAGUCUUACAUUGGAUCCAAGGACGCUUGCGAGUCAAGCUCGGAAUCAUCGUUGAAAGACAUGACACAGUCGAAGGAGCAUGUUGCUGAGAAUGAGCUGAAGAGUGCCGCUGCUUGCUUCAGUCUUACGAGCGUAAACUGAUCAUUGGGAAAGCAUUGAACUGGUCGUCUCUUCAGUUUCUUUUUGUUAACUAAAUCUUAGCAUUAGUAUGAUGAAUUAAAGUUCCUCGAAUU